CAUGAUGCGCCAUACAUCCCUAGCCGUAUCCCGCACAGUCUCAGCCGCAAACAAGUCUCAUACCUUCAAGGCUUUCUAUGCCACUGUACGAGGUUAUAGACCUCAUCCAGAGCCAGAGGAUUUAGAGGGCCCUACCCCGACGAAUGACUUCAUCUUGUCUAUUCUUCGAGCGAACCCUUCAACCAGAGAUGCGAAGUCAUACCUCAGCCACUUCGGCCUUCGUCCUCAGCCUACUCUUCCAAAAGCUGUCCCUCAAACCGAACUUCCCUCUUUCCCUGUCCCAGCUACAGAAACACAAAAGGCUACCCUUCUGACAGACGCAGCUCCCACCCCUCUCGUCGCCUCAAUUCUUAAUCCUAUUCACCACCGUACCGCUUUAGUCAAGGUCCAGGGUCCUUUCACGGAUCGACAGCUAGAGAGUAUCACUCGGGGCAUCAUCUACCUCGCCAAACUCGGUCUCGUCAGCGUCAUCGUCGUCGAGAACGACGAAAUACCCCGUGGCGAGGAAGGCGAGCGCGAGAGUACCAUGAACGAGGUCAUGCGGGUCGUCGGAGCCUUCGAGAGGCAUGGUGCUCAAGCUCGCCCCGUUCUCAGCGCCAUCGCUCGAUUAGGUCCCAAGGAGGGCGACGUGGAAACGCCAGGAAAACCUCUUCCCGAGGCCCACACGUCAGUCUCCGACCUCGCUCCUAUUCGUUCAGCGCUCCGUGCCGGCGAGAUUCCCGUGCUCGCUCCUAUGGCCGUCGACUCCUUCUGCCGGUCGGUCAGGGUAGACGCUAACGAUGUCGUAGCAGCUUUGGCGCGUGGUAUGGUCGAAGCUGCAGAAGUUGAUGAGCGUGAGGUUCAGCGCUCGGGUGCAAAACGGGAGAUCGACCUUACACCCCUGCGGCUCAUGAUUAUCAACCGCGAAGGUGGUGUGCCCUCGUAUGCCCGUUCUGGAUACCCCCAUCUUCUCAUCAAUCUCGCCUCUGAGUAUGAGCACAUCCGGAAUACAUUUCAGCCAGAUUGGAAGACCACCCAUCCUACCUCGCUCUCCAAUCUCGCGCUCGCUCGUACUUGCUUGUCGUACAUGCCCCCUUCGUCAUCAGCCGUCAUGGUCAGCCACCGCUCCCCUAGUUCCCUCAUCGGCAACCUCAUCACGAACAAGCCUGCCGUCAGCUCUAGUCUUCCUCACGCACUUCUGCAAGGCAACCGGAGUUUGACCUCCAGUACUCCCACCCUCCUACGCCGCGGCCUCAAUAUCGAGGUCAUCCGAGACGUUCACAGCAUCGACAAGGUCAAGAUGACUGCGCUCCUCGAGCAGUCUUUCAACCGAACAUUGGAAGCAGACGAAUUCUACAAACGUCUCGAGAGCGACCUCGAUUUCGUUAUCGUCGCUGGUGACUAUGCUGGUGCCGCCAUCGUGACGAGGGAACCAUGUCCCGACUCCCAAUCAUUCUCUCCUAUCGCCUACCUCGACAAGUUUGCAGUUCUCCCAAGCCACCAAGGUGACGGCACCGUCGACUUCCUCUGGGUCGCGCUUCACGAUGAGACAUACGGUCUCGGCCUCACCUUCUCCGUCAACCCGAACGGUGGUAAGGAAGGUCGCGGAGAAGGCCAGGAUCUAGUGUGGCGCAGCAGGGCGAACAACCCUGUGAACAAGUGGUACUUCGAGCGCAGUUCGGGUCAUAUUCGCUUGGGUGAUUGGGUGCUGUUCUGGUGCGAUGCGGAGAAGAGGUUGCAGACGGAGGAAGGACGUCGUGCGUCGGCUGGUCUUUCGUACGUCGAGUCGUGGGAGCGCGGGCGGUUGUCGGCAUGGGCGGACGUGGUCACCAAAAUUCCUUCGAGCUGGAGGAAGCUUCAAUGAUCUCUACAUCUCUACAUCUCAUCUAACUCUGUAUGUACUCGAGUAUUCCCGGACGUUGACCUUGGCGGAUUUAUUUACUUACCCAAAAAGCGUGUAUCAGUUUGUUUGUGUUUGUACCUGUGCUCCUUCAGACUUGCUUGCUCGCUACUAUCUUUAUGACCAUAGAACUAAUAUAUUGCG